AGAGAAGUGUGUUAAAAUGCGACUCUGCCUCCUGGUCUCAACUCUGGGUUUCAAUUAUUUCAUUUGGAAUUAUGGGGUUUGGAUAGCAAAAGAGUUGCAGUAGUGUGCUAACGUAUACUGUUUUUAAUAGUCUAGACAGAAGGAUGGAGUCUGAAGCUGGCAGGACGAUGGAGGUGGCGGCACUCGGCCGGCCUUUCAACCUCGGGAUGUUGUACGACUGCCGCAGAGACUCACUCGUCCCUGGAAUUACACUGUGGGACCAUGAUGACCUGAUAAAAUAUGUACAAGAAAGACCUCAGAACUAUAAUGAUUUUGAGAUCGUUGCAUCUGAAUCAAUUGAGGACAAAUCUUCAGCACUAAACGUUGAAGCUUCCCUGAAGGCAAGUUUCUUGAGUGGACUGGUUGAGGUUGAUGGAUCGGCCAAAUACCUGAACGACAGUAAGAUUUCCAAAAAUCAGGCCAGAGUAACUCUGAAGUACAAGGCUACCACAAAGUUCCAGGAACUGUCGAUGGAUCACCUUGGAAGAGACAAUAUGAAGCAUUCAUAUGUCUUUGAUAAAGGAUUAGCAACACAUGUAGUCACAGCCAUUCUUUAUGGGGCACAAGCCUUCUUUGUCUUUGACCAUGAGGUGUCUAAAAAAGAAGAUCAUCAAGACAUUGAGGGGAACUUGAAAGUUAUGAUCAAGAAGAUUCCCAGCCUUGCUAUAGAGGGUGAAGGUUCCCUAAAACUGAAAGACAAGGACAGAGCAAAUGUUGAGAAAUUCUCCUGCAGAUUCUUUGGAGACUUUGCUCUUGAAAAAAGUCCUGUGUCCUUUCAGGAUGCAGUAGAAGUCUACCAAAGCCUGCCAAGAUUACUGGGAGCCAACGGAGAAAAGGCUGUACCGAUGAAAGUCUGGCUGUUGCCACUGACAAGUUUAGAUUCUUCUGCUGCAAAACUGGUCCGUCAGAUAAGUUUAGGAUUAGUUCAGGAAUCACAGAGAGUCCUGGAGGACUUCAGUGAGCUGGAAAUGAGGUGCAAUGACACAAUGAGAACCACCACCGCACAGCAGUUCCCACAGAUUGGCAAAAAGAUUAAAAGCUUUAAAGAGAUGUGCUCUGAGUUCAAGCUGGGAUUCCAACAAAACCUGGCAAAGAAACUUCCAUCAAUCCGAGGAGGAGGAGAAGAGGAGGCUGUGCUCGCAGAGAUCCUGAAGAAGAGACAUUCUUCUCCUUUCAACAGCAAAGACCUGAACGAGUGGUUGGACUGUAAAGAGAGAGAAGUCUACACCUUAAUGUCUUUAACCAACAUGAUGAAAAACACCAAGAUCGUCCCCUCUCAGAAUGUUCUUAGUGAAGAAACCCUCAGUGCAGAUCAUGCUGUGUGUUUUGUUUUCACCUCCCUGGGAAGUGCUGAACCGUACCUCUCAGCUUUAUCUAACUACAUAAAACAAACACCCGAACCAGACGACCCUCAAGAUGUAGAGAAGGAACAAUGGUUCACCUCAAAAGAAAUAACAGAUGCAAUGAGGAAUAAAGCAAAGCUCUUCAGUGACUUUGCAGAGGCCAACAAGGAGAACAAGAACAUAAAGUUCCUGACAGUGGGAUUAACAAAUGAGACACAGAAAGGUUCAAGCAUCUACCUUUAUGAAGACGGCUUUUCUGUCAAUGAGAACUUUGAGCCGCCUUCAAAGCCUGAAACAGUAACAGCAAGUGACAUAAAGCACAACAGUGUGACACUGAAGAUUUCUGCGCCCAGAUUUGGAGCAGAGAACAUCACCUCCUACUCUAUAGAGUACUGUGUCAGAGGAGAGGAUGGAUGGCAACAAGAGACAGCAUCAAAAGCUGGAGAAGUCACAGUGAGCCAUCUGAGUCCUAACACAGAGUAUAUGUUCAGAUGCAGAGCAGUGACCUCAGCAGGUGUUGGGCCGGCCAAUGAAGCCAGUGGUUCCAUUAAAACCUUACCUACUACUAAAACCUGCUCAAGUCUUUCUGAUUCUGUUAAAGAAAAAAGCACAUUGUUAGAACCCCAGACCGGUCCUGUCCCUGUUUAUAAAAUCCCCCUGAAAGAUGAACGAAUCAGUGUCCCUGGCUGCAGGAGUUUCAGUUUUGGGAAAAAGUCCACUAAACCUAAUCGCACCAUCAUGCUUCUGGGAGCAACUGGAGCUGGGAAGUCAACUCUCAUCAAUGGGAUGAUCAAUUACAUUCUAGGUGUCGAAUGGGAGGAUUCAUAUCGGUUUAAGUUAAUUGAUGAGGGUCAGUCGAGAUCACAGGCUGAAAGCCAGACCUCUGAAGUCACUGUGUACAAAAUCAACCACCAGGAGGGUUUUAAAACAGAAUACUCUCUGACCAUUGUUGACACUCCAGAGUUUGGAGAUACAAGAGGCUUAAUAAGAGACAGACAGAUCACAGAACAAUUGUGUAAUCUCUUCUCUGCUGAGCUUGGUGUCAGUGAAAUUGACGCUGUGUGUUUUGUAGCUCAGGCUUCUUUAGCUCGACUCACGCCAACACAGAAAUAUGUGUUUGACUCCAUACUCUCAAUCUUUGGCAAAGAUGUGGCAGAAAACAUCAGGGUUCUGGUGACAUUUGCAGACGGCCAGCGUCCACCAGUUCUAGAGGCAAUCAAUGCUUCAGGUGUCCCAUGUCCUAAAACAAGAGACGGGCUGCCAGUUCACUUCAAAUUCAAUAACUCAGCUUUGUUUGAAGACAACAAAUCAUCUGCAGCAGGCAGCAUGAGUGGGGAUGAUGAGGAUGAAGAGGGAGGCUUUGAUCAGAUGUGUUGGAACAUGGGGACAAAAAGCAUGAAGAGGUUCUUUGCUGCUUUGAAUCAAAUAGAAACCAAAAGCUUGACGAUGACGAAGCAGGUCCUCAGAGAAAGACAGCAGCUCAAAAAUUCAGUUGAAAACUUGCUGAAGCAGUUCAAACUUGGUUUAAACAAACCUGAGAAGAAUCAAGAGGCAAGCCUGAAGAAAAACAAGGGCUUUUGGGAAUCUCUUUUAGAAGUAGGGUAUGAAUGUGCACUUGUGCUUGCUGAUGUACGGAAUCUGAUAGACAGCACUGCAAAGUGUUUAAACAGACUUAAAGAGAUAGCACUGAANCCAAAUCCUCUCUCCACUCCAGAGUACAUCGACAUGCUGAUUGAGGGAGAGAAAUCUGAGGCCAAGCCAGGCUGGAAGAAACGAGUUCAGUCCCUGAUAACCAUGAGAGAAAAGGCUGAGUACAUGGCUAAAAUAGAAAGAGGAGAGAAACUAUUCUAGAGUCCAUAGCGAUCAGGAAUCUUUGUUUCUUUGUGUCGAAGCUAAUUAAAAACCAAGACCUGACCAAAUAUCAAAGACAAAGACAGAGAUCCAUUCAGACCCAGAUACCAAAGAACCAAACAGGACAGAGAGUGAUGCACUGAGACAGAGUCUCCAUACUGAGACACCGACACUUCAGUUAUUCUGACCAACAAGUAGAAAUGUGUUCGACAUAAAGAGAGAAGCUGCUAACUCGUUUGUACACAUUUUGUGCUGGACGCAUUAACUGGACAACUUCCUGCCACCAUUAACACCAGUGUCACAAUUUAAAGCUGCAGCUUUAUUAACUCAGCAAACCUGAACACUGAGAAUUAAAUAGUAUUUAAAUUUUAUCUAUUUUGACAAUCUAAAUAUAACUGUUCAUAAAGUGUUUAGAUAUAUAGAUUUGCAUUGUUCAGUACGGCUUUGUAAACAGGAAUAUCAGCUUCUUACUCAGUUGUUCUGCUCUUCUAUUAUCUCUUAUGUAUGUAAAAGAAAUAGGCCUGGGGAUAAAAGAAGAAAUCACAUUUUACUAUAUAAUUAAUAGAAUAAAGAGUACUGCUGCUGAUGGAAACACUGGACUGUGACAAAACUAGUACAGUAACAGCUGGUCAGGUUUAACCGCAGCGUGGCAGGUUUGAUCAGAUUCCAAUUAUCAGAUAUUCAAAUGAAUUUCUUCACAAAUUCCUGACCUUCAUUUAAUCACUGCGGACAAACAGAAUCUGUGAAUCAUCUUUCAGUCUUUGCACAGAAAUAAAAAUAGCAGAAAUAAGGUUUGGGGCCCAACAUUAAAUCUGUUGUGGCCCCUGAAAAGCUCAUUUCUCCCUCCUGUGUUUGCCUGCAGCCUCUCAGACUCUGCUGCUGGAACUCUUCCUGCCUCUAACUGUCUGCAGACUCCAGCUCUCCUCGGUGCUUCACUGCCCCCUGGUGUCCAAACUCAGAGCUGCAGGUUGUUUCCUCUUCAUCGCUCACAUUUAAAGUUAGUUUUGAUCAAAAUAACUUAAGAUUAGAAAUAAAAACUAAUAUUUUAUUUUUAAGUGUUGUUCUGUGAGCUGAUAAUUCUUUAUAUAUUUUAUUUAAAACAAAUGUGUUGAUGAUCUGCUGCUCUGUCUGUCUGAAAACACAUUUUACAAAAGAUGAUUCCCAUAUUUAAACUUCCACUAAUAAAUUAAUCACUCAGACUUUAUUUGUAGAGCGCCUUUUGUGUAAAAUAACAAUACAAGGUGCUUGACAAUGUUUUUAAAAAUUCCAGCAAUACCAAAUAACCAAAAUAGAAGUUAUUAGGCAAGAUUAACGUUUAAAAAAGAAAAGCGAUAUAAAACUAUAUGUCAUGAUCCUGUCUGUGUGUCUUGUUGGGGAGUCUGGGUUUUAGUUCUGUCUUUGUUCUUAGUCCUGGUCCUUAGUUCAUUUUUUAGUAUUCGCUCCUAGUUCUUGUUUACUUUAUUUUGGUUUAGUCUGCUCAGUGCUCUGUUUUUGUUCUGUGUUCUCGUUUAGGUUCUGGUACUUUGUAACAUGUGUUCUGUCUGUGUUGGUUAUUCAUUUUG